AUGCAUGUGUUAUCUCUUUCUUCCUCUUCAAUAUUCCUCUUUCUCUUCCUCACUUCAACCAUUCCCAUUUCUGCGGCGGAACCAACAACUUCUCAGCCUCCCGCACCGCGGCGUCGCCAACAUAGAGAGCUCUCCGGCGACUACUACUCCAAGACAUGUCCUCAGCUCGAAAAUCUCGUCGGUUCCAUCACUUCUCAGCGGUUCAAAGAAGUGCCCAUCUCCGCUCCCGCUACCAUCCGCCUCUUCUUCCAUGACUGCUUCGUUGAGGGUUGUGAUGGGUCGAUAUUGAUUGAAACAGAGAAAGGAAGCAAGAGAUUAGCAGAAAGAGACGCAGAGGAGAAUAAGGAAUUGAGAGAAGAAGGAUUUGAGAGUAUCAUCAAGGCUAAAGCAUUGGUUGAGUCUCAUUGCCCUUCUCGUGUCUCUUGCUCUGAUAUUCUCGCCAUAGCCGCUAGAGAUUUCAUCCACCUGGCAGGUGGGCCCUACUAUCAAGUGAAAAAAGGAAGAUGGGACGGUAAAAGAUCAACGGCAGCGGUCGUCCCACAAAACAUACCUCGAUCAAACUCAACCGUCGAUCAGCUAAUCAAGCUCUUCGCCUCCAAAGGACUAACCGUAGACGAUCUCGUCGUCCUUUCUGGGUCCCACACAAUCGGCUUCGCACACUGCAAAAGCUUCACCGGUCGUCUCUACGACUACAAAGGCACAAAACGACCCGACCCGACUCUCGACCCGAGAUUACUCAAGGAGCUCCGUAUGUCAUGCCCUUUCUCCGGCGGAAGCUCCGGCGUUGCCCUUCCCCUAGACACGACAACUCCGUUUGUUUUCGACAAUGGCUAUUUCACAGGACUAGGAACUAACUUGGGCCUUCUGGGGUCGGACCAAGCCUUGUUUCUUGACCCGAGAACGAAGCCCAUUGCAGUUGAGAUGGCUAGAGACAAGCAGAGGUUUCUUAAGGCGUUUGGAGACGCUAUGGGUAAGAUGGGUUCUAUUGGUGUAAAGAGAGGGAGGAAACAUGGGGAGAUACGAACAGAUUGUCGUGUCUUUUUAUAG